AUGAACUCCGCCGCAAGAAACAGGUCAGAAGACCGUGCUCCGCCUCUACCACAACGAGACCAGAGUAACAAAGAGAACCAGCGUGACAGAGAACCGUCGCGACAACACGCAUCACCUUCUGUUCGCGACAAUGGAAGCUUCUUCGGUGGGCUGAGGAACCUCAAAGCCGCAGACAUGAUUAGCAAAGGACUAUUCGGCAAGAGCAUACGUAGUGGAAGCACUACGGAGCGGGAGCCCAUCAUUGAUGACGAACAUUAUGUUUUGAAGGUCAUCAACCUCCCUUUAGUGGAACAGACCCGGAGGACGCGCAUAUCACGGAAGCUGGAGGAUUCUAGGGAUAAGACCGAGUUCUGGAUGCCAGCGUUUCCCUGGCGCGCGAUUGACUACCUCAACUACAAGGGCUGCGAUGUUGAAGGUCUCUACCGAGUUCCGGGCAGCGGGCCUCAAAUCAAGAAGUGGCAAAGGAGAUUUGAUGAAGAACUGGAUGUCAAUCUGUUUGAGCAGGACGAUCUGUACGACAUCAACAUUAUCGGCUCCAUGCUCAAGGCCUGGUUGCGCGAGCUUCCCGAUGAACUCUUCCCCAAGGCCGCUCAGGAGAGGGUUGCCAAAGAGUGCGCUGGUUCUGACAAGGUUCCUCAGUUGCUGAUCGACGAACUCUCCAACCUCUCGCCCUUCAACUAUUACCUGCUCUUCGCCAUCACCUGUCAUCUCAGUCUCUUGCUCGCACAUUCAGACAAGAACAAGAUGGACUUCCGCAACUUGUGUAUUUGCUUUCAGCCGUGCAUGAAGAUUGACGCAUUCUGCUUCCGGUUCUUGGUUUGCGAUUGGCGCGAGUGCUGGAGAGGCUGCAAAGCUGAGGCGAGAUACAUCGAAGAGGAGUACCUGCUACUGAACCAACCCCCUCCACGGGGUGUCUCCGAGUCACGCAAACCUGUCCCCGACGAGCAGCUCCCGGCAACCAACGACGAGCGUGCGGUCGACCGGGCCGUCUCGUCGUCAGACAGCAGUAAACAAUCGAGUCAGAGCCAGGACCAACAACCCAAGACGCGGCUGAAGAAAAAGGCCCUACCACUCUCCGACUCGCAUGGCUCUAAUGGUAGCGUCGGGUCCAACUUGACCAUGUCGACAACGCUCACCAUUAAUAGCGACCAAGAUACCCCAAGGGGCUCAGGAGAUCUUCGGCCACUGUCGCCCAUCAAGCCACUGUCGCCCCUCGGUUUCUGA